AUGCCCAGCCAGCUGUGCCGGUUGCUUGAUGUCCUCGACAGCAGUGUUGGAUUGAAUACCCUUAGGCUCGGUGGUGACCCAUGGGCUGAACCACCAAAGUCGAACGUUGUCAAAGGGCUGAAGAAUAUCAGAGGGUAUUUCGAAGACCUGUAUGCGGAGCCCUGCCGGAUCGAGAGUAGGAGCGUCAAGGUUGUCCUUGUCGGUCAGGAAUGCGCAGGGAAAACGAGGUCAGCUAUGUGAUGGUCCUGCUGUUAUCCGUCAUACACUACUGCACUCUCACCGAACGUUGGUUGGUCGGAAUCGUUCGAUACAACGCAGUUGACACAGUGUGGUAUUAUAUCAAGUUCGAUCAACCAUACUACAAUCAGUUGUCGCUUUUCCCCAGAGAAUUGUUUGUUUUGUGGAGAGCGGUAGCCACACAUGCCGUUUCACGCCUGAACCUUCCAUGCGCGGCUCUGAUUGUACUUGGUCUUGUACCUAGAGUGAGUGAGUGAUCGCACCACCUCUAUACCGCGACUCUAAUAGCUCGAUCGCUCCAAAGCCGAAAACCUGACGAGAGAUGGAAGAAUGUUCUCGACAACAUCGUCCAAACCUCUCGUUUCGGGACUGGUGCUCUUUUUGUUGUGGAGCAAUUGAGUUUUUAAAGUCGGU